CGGGAAGGAAAGACGAUGAUCCAGUUCAUUGCGCGCUUGUGAGGACGCAUACUGAUUUACUUUCAAGAGAAACUCUUCUUCUUCUCGUCGCUUUUCCUUGCUUCUGAAAAAAAAUAGAAGAGAGAAGAGAGAAAUCUCUCUUGCCAAUAUGCCGCCGAUACGCACCUCCCGCAAUCGCAAACCCCCGCCAGAGGGCUUUGACGAUAUCGAAGAUACCCUGCUGGAAUUCAGCAACAAGAUGAAAGACGCGGAAAACGCGCCCCAUGAAGGCAAGAAGAAGCAUGAGGUCCUUUGGCCGAUUUUCCAGAUUAGCCAUCAACGCUCUAGAUACAUUUACGAUCUUUAUUACGAAAAGCAAGCCAUCUCGAAACAAUUAUAUGACUGGCUAUUGAAGAACAACUACGCUGAUGCGAACUUGAUCGCCAAGUGGAAGAAGCAGGGUUAUGAGAAGCUCUGCUGUCUACGAUGUAUCCAAACGAAAGAAACAAACUUCAACGCGACGUGUAUUUGCCGAGUACCGAAAGCCCAGCUCAAAGAGAACCAGACUGUCCAGUGCGUAAGCUGUGGUUGUCGGGGCUGUUCGAGCAGUGAUUAGUCACUACCCAAGGGUAACUAGCUAUGAAACGGGCAGCAAUAAUCAUAUCGAUGCAUCUUCGUUCCAAAUGGAUAACAUGUCUUUGGGAGAUUUCUACGCAUCACAUGGCUGCCAUGCAUAUGCUGGGGAACAUGUGGUGGUUUUGUUAUGUUCUACAUGGUCCUUCAGCCAAGGCGUUUUGGGUACCGGUUGGUUUUACUGCUUUAUGUGAGCAGGCAAGUCGUGGCAGCUGUGCUCUCUCCUCGUUCUGUCCUGUGUGAUGUGUGUACUCGUCCGCGGAUCUAUUCAUUAUCCUAAAAGUGUGAAAUGAUACCCUUUUUAAUUCAGGUGUUUCUCUUUACCAUCGAAGAAUCGUAAUAAGUACCCUGCUUACUGCAAAGAGGGCUGUGGCUAG